GUCUGUUGACAAAUUUCCUCAUCUGAAUCCUCACAGCCUCGUUUACUAGCGCGCUGCGGAGACAUACAGGGAUUUUGAUUCCAAGCUCGGCCAGCUUCCUCAAACUUCUGGACUGCGACUCGCAGAAGCCCAGAUUCCCAACAUACAAAGAGCACAGUAUUCUUCAUAUACUCCCAACAUCCAUUCGUGCAGCUCUAGUAUCUGCCCAUAUCCUGCAGUAGCAGCUUUAUUGCGCACUCUUGACAGUUGGAGCCUUCUGUUCGGCCUUGCUUUGCUACCCCGCUACCUUAUUCAGUAGGCAUCAUGACGCAGAAGAGAAUAUCCAAAGAGCUUCAGGAGUGUUUGACGACCCCGCCAGCGGGCAUCAAGGUCAACCUGGUCGAUGAAGGCAAUAUCCACAACUGGAACAUCGUGAUGGAUGGUCCUGCCGACUCUCCAUAUGUCGGCGGGAAAUUCCAACUUCUCCUCGUCCUACCCACCGAAUAUCCCUUUAAGCCACCGAAGAUCAACUUUAAGACCCGCAUCUACCACCCCAACGUUACCUUCGACGAGCACGGAAGUAUGUGCAUCGGUAUCCUCAAGUCGGAUUCGUGGAAGCCAAGCUCGCGGAUCCCUAACGUGUUGACGGCUAUUCAACAACUACUCCUCGAGCCUGUACCUGAUGAUGCCGUUGAACAAGGAGCCGCACAGAAGUUCAAGGAGGACCGAAAAGCGUUCGAUAAGGAGGCUAGGGAUAUGACGAAGAAAUACGCCAAAUAAGGUGAUGGAGGGGCUGAUAAGAUCGGCAUCAGGUCUCAUAGGGUAGGAAAUGAAGGAUACGAACUUGUCAAUUAUACGCAGGCGUUUGGGACAUCAGAGGAAGAAUAGAGGACUUGCAUCACCGGCGUGGAUAUUUACUUUUGUCACCGGAGAAUGGAUCUCAAAUCACCCCUGACUGAGAAGACUGUACCUCUUGGCUCUGAAGCCCUGUCCCUGAAAUGCUUUCUUUUGUUGUUACAACUCCUUCCGCUGUCAACAACGGCGUCAGCUAACUCCCAGCCGCUGAAAGACAUAACGUC